AUGAACAAUAACAGGAUAAUAGCUCAUACAUUCAUACUAUCAUCCGUUACAUCUCCAUGUAGGAAAUAUCUACUUUUUGGAACUAAUAUACAGAAAAUACUAAUUUAUUCGUUAUGUUCACUGUCCUGUGAUGCACAAAUUGAGGGGAAGCCAGAGUGUAUUAUCAACGUGAAAUACGCAGGAAAUAUUUACGCUUUAUGUUUCGGGAAGGAUUAUGUUUUUUGUGGGUCAAUUGGUCUGAUUGUUGUAUACAAAUGGACUACACCUACCGACGGCUUUCUGAAAUAUCAUGAUACAGUUCAUCUGACAUCCGGAAAUCUUUACGCAACCGUUUCUGAAGUUACCGGGUUGUGUUAUCAUACAGAAAGUGACACUCUAUUGGCCGCAUUAGGGGAUGGAACUAUCCAUACGUUUUUAAUUGGUUGUGAUCUCAAAGAAAAGGUCAAAUUUACUGGACAUAAGUCCACGAUCUAUAAAAUUUGCAGAGUUGGAGCACACGAGUUUUCAACUAGUUCUGAGGAUGGUACUGUCUGCUUUUGGGAUAACAGAGUUAUACAGAAUGGGAACUUUAAGGCUUCAUCUGUGUUCAAACCGUAUCUAAAUAGUGAAUUAUCUCGAUCCAAGCUUGGGUCUUGGUUAACUACUUUAUCCUGUAAACAGUUCGAAGAGGAUUGGUUUGUUACGGGAGGGGGGCCUCGACUUUCUUUAUGGAGUAGGCGUGCCGGGAGAAAUGUUUCUAUAUUACACCCUGAAGGUAUAUCAGACACUUGGUAUUCACAAACAGCUAUUUUUUGUGAUAUGGAUAAUGAUUCACGCAUUGUAUCCGGUGGUAAUUCAAGUUUAUUAUAUAUGUGGGAUCAUGUUGGCAAUUUAUUAGCUUCAGUGGAUUUACAUGAUCCACCUAACUCACGUUUAAGUCAUAUACUUGUUGUUGAUAAAUUUAAUCUAUCUGAAUCGGUAGAUUCUUUAAAAUUAAAAUAUCAUUCAAAUUGUGCAUUUUUUGUUGGAGGUUGCAGUCCAGUAAUACGAUUAAUUGCUAAUCUUGGUUAUCCUUUAGGCAUGUUACAUUAUUCUAUUUGA